AACUAUGUAAAGGUCGAUAGACAAACAUUUGACAAUGCGGUGAUAAAAGCUAGAACAAAUUUCGAGAUUCCUUGUGUUAUGAGGUACGACUUAGACACUCAGUUAUGUUUUAAUAUAUAAAUAACGGCGAAAAAAAGGAUCAGAAAUUAUAAGAAUGGCGUCAAGCGGUGUUGUAGGAAAUACCUCCGAAGAAACGUUUGAUAUGUUAUGUUCGGCGUGUAAGGAACAAAAUAUAAACAAGGAAGCUGAGAAAUAUUGCGUAGAUUGUCGGGAUUACUACUGUUCAGAGUGUUUGAAAUUGCACUCGACACUUCCGGCACUGAAAGGGCAUAAACUUCUGGGUAAGGAAGCUGGUCAGAGUGGACAAUUACUCAUGGUGCCAACAGAACGAUGUGAGAGACACGACUUUAAAACAGUUGAUAUGUUUUGCCAGAAUCAUGACCAGAUUGGGUGCGGAACCUGUAUUGCGGUUGACCACAGAACAUGUCAAGAUGUGUUCUACAUACCGGAAUUUCUGAAGUCCAGGGCCAACGUUAUACCAGAAUUUCUACAGCGCAUGAAAAAUAUCGAAAACAAAUUUAAAGAGUUUCUUAAAACAUUUAGCGACGAAAUUGAUGAUCUGAAAGCAAAUAAACAAAGGGAAAUAGAAACCAUCAACACGUUUGCCAAGAAGCUUGAAGAUAAGAUUAAAGAGGCACAGCGAGAUGCUAUCUCUAAAGUUGAAGAACGAUACAAUAAAAUUAUGACGAAAAUAAACAGAGACAUUGAUAACAUAAAGAGAGAACAGGAGACUUUCGAAACAACAAAAAGCUUCAUUGAAUCUACAGUCAUGAAUAACUCUCAAGCUUUUGUUGCUAUGAAAUUAAAUGGAAACAAAAUUGCAACAACUGAAGCAGCAAGCGAUGUCAUCGCGAAGAUCAAACUUGGCCGAAGAGUUCAUUUUACGUUAGAUCCUAAGUUUGAGGAGAUCAGUAAGGAACGAAUGUGCCUCGGGUAUGUCAACAUAAUGCCCUAUAGCUUUGAAUAUAAACGUGCAGCUGACAUCAAAUUAAAUUCAGAUACAAAGUCAUGCGGUGUUAAUGGUUCAUGUGUACUCCCAGACGGGUCGAUACUGUUCGCUGACAGAAGCAAUAAAAAUCUUAAGCUGGUUGAUGGUUUUGCUUUGACCGUGAUAGAUCAUCACGAUCUAAAGACUAAGCCAUGGGAUGUGUGUUGCUUAGAUGAUAAAGAAGUAGGAGUUUGUCUCGACAAUGAGAACAAGGUUAAAAUCUUCAAAGUAGAUCAAAAAUUGUUCUACAAAUAUGAGCUUAGUUUCAGCUUUAGUUGUAGGGGAAUAUCGUAUUGUGAUAACACACUUUACAUAUCUGAUUCGAAAAGCAUUUACAUGUGCAGUUUGGACGGGUCUAUCUUGAAAACAUUCGCAAGUAAUUUUACAUCUUCAAGUAUUUACAACAUAUUUGUGAGUAAACAGAGCAAUAGUAUUUUUGUAAGUGAUGGAUCCAUUGGUAAAGGUGUCAUUUGCCUUAGCAGUGAAGGCAAUAUAUCUCAAAUUAUUUCAAACGAGAUUAAAUGGCCACAUGGUUUUGCAACUGCAUAUGAUGGAAAAGUAUUUGCAUGUGGAUUUUGGUCAGAUAACGUCAUUCUUCUAAACGAAAAGGGAGAAUUUGAAAAUGUUGUUAUCGGAAAAGGUCUAAGUAGUCCGCAGGCUUUGUGCUUCAACUGUCAAAAUGGCUUUUUGUAUAUUCCAAAAAAUGAUAACGAUAGUGUGCUAAUCUUUGAGUUGGAAUGAAUUGACUUUUUGAACUGCCGCCUUGUCUAAGCUGAAAUAUUUUGAUAAUAUACGUUUAGUUGCAUCUUAACAUAUUAGUCAACUAUAUAUAUCGGCAGAGAAAACUGACAAAUGUUGCCUGGAAAAUUAUUUGAUGGUUGUGUUGUAAUUAACGAGAUUUAUUGAGUAACCAUUUGACUCAAAAUACUGCAACUGUUUUCAAAAGACUGCAAAAAUAUAAUCUUCUUUUAGAGGGCUGCAGAAGUAGUAGUAAGAAAUAAAUUGGUCAAAAGCUACACUUUAACCACAACAAUUUUAGUAUCCUAUUCAAGAAACUGGAACCAUGACUGAAUGACCGUUCGUUGCUAACGCUAUAUCGGCAACAUUUACACAUUUAUAUUGUUACUUAUCGCUAACGGAAGUACUUUGAAACUUUGUAAAUCAAUACCUAAUAUGGAAAGUGACGUCAGAGUUAUAAGCUCACCUGUCACGAAGUGACAAGGUGAGCUAUUGUGACCGCUUGAUGUCCGUCGUGCGUCGUGCGUCGUCCGUCAACAAUUUCUAAAAAAAAAUCUCCUUCUUGAAAAUCACUGGGCAGAAUUACACCAAACUUCACAGGAAUGAUCCUUGGGUGGCCCCCUUUCAAAAUUGUUCAAAGAAUUGAAUUCCAUGCAGAACUCUGGUUGCCAUGGCAACUGAAAGGAAAAACUUUAAAAAUCUUCUUGUCCAAAACCACAGGGCCUAGGGCUUUGAUAUCUGGUGUGUAGCAUCAUCUUGUGGUUCUCUACUAAAAUUGUUCAAAUUAUCCCCCUAGGGUCAAAUAUGGCCCCGCCCCGGGGGUCACAUGGUUUAUAUAGACUUAUAUAGGGAAAACUUUGAAAAUCUUCUUGUACAAAACCACAUGGCCUAGGGCUUUGAUAUUUGGUAUGUAGCAUCAUCUUGUGGUCCUCUACCAAGAUUUUUCAAAUUAUCCCCCUAGGGUCAAAUAUGGCCCCGCCCCGGGGGGUCACAUGGUUUAUAUAGACUUAUAUAUGGAAAACUUUGAAAAUCUUCUUGUACAAAACCACACGGCCUAGGGCUUUGAUAUUUGGUAUGUAGCAUCAUCUAGUGGUCCUCUACCAAGAUUAUUCAAAUUAUCCCCCUAGCGUCAAAUUGUUGUAUAAUGACUUUAAGAAUUCAUUAUACUUAUUAGAUAAGCAUUAUGGUCAGUUAUAAGUCACACACUACUUAAAAUAAUUUCAGCACUUGGUCAUAUGAGAAAGUGACAGGUCAUGAUAUCUCGCCCAGGUUAACUACCCUCUGUCCACGUCAUGAUUGUUGUUUUUGUUCAGUUACUAAUUGUUUUGACAAGCUGACUAAAUAGGAAUUAUGACAUGUUUAUUUUCUAAUGGUCAUUUGCGUGUGUGCUCCGAGAAAAACAUUUUAGUCAUCCGAUAGACAGUUUUCCUUAAAUACAGCAUACUUUGAGGCAGAGCUUUAGUAUCAUUCUGGUACUCAGUUAGGUUAGAUGCGUAUGUUCGAUACUAGCAAAAUGAAUUAGUUAGAUAAAGACCGGGGCAAUUAACGUUGAAGUAAUUAUGUCGAAAAAUUGAAGUUCUUUUAAUAACUGUGAAUAUGUUAGAAAAUUAUGUUAGAGAAUUAUGAAGAAAGACAUUGAUGUUUAUAUAUUAUCGAUGUUUAUAUAUUAUCUUAGAACUUAGUACAAUAUUAAAUAGUAGUUAUCAUAGAGAACAGAGUUGUUGUUGUUGUAGUUAGAAUAGUGAACUUUAGACCCUGUUACAUUACACGGGUUAAUUUGGUACCUUAAAAGAACCAGGAUUUAAACGAAUCUUCAAAACGGCGCGGACACAACACGAAAGAAGUACUAACAACUACCACGAGGCCACCAUGACGAAUAAAAUGGAAUAACAACACUUGCGAUUUGGCAGACGACUGGAAAUGGAACUGACGACCGAUAAACCUCUUAAGACAGCUGUUAGAACCCCAAUGAGCAAACGAAACAUACGGACAAGAUGCAAUUUAAGGCUCGGCAAGGAAAGAGAACAUCCAUGAUGUAUGGUUAUGGAAAAAGAAAUCGAUACUUCAUCAGGUUAGUGACUGUUCAUUUUAACUCGUAUACCAACGAUGCUAUUCGGGAAUUCUUUAGAUACAUUUUUGAUUUGAAGAGAUGUUCAGCUCUCUUUAACAUUUUCUUACAAUUUUACAGGCGAUCCAAAAGAAACUUUAUUCUUAAAUUGUACGAAUUUUCUUACAUUUAAAUCAACAAUUAAGAUUUUUUACAAGAAUAUCAUAUAUAAUUUUUUCGAAAAUGGUACAUUUCAUAAGGAAAAUGCGUUUUUGUUGUAAAGAUGAAUUUCAUACAGAUUACUCAUUAGAACAUAAAAAUGUCAAAGAAUAUUUAUAUUGUCCAGCUUCAUUAUUUUUUGUCACUAUGAUAUUAAGUGAGGAAUACCCUUAGGGAAGUAAAGUUGUAUAAUUGCUCUCAAUUAGUAAAAUGACAAGAUAACAUUGUAUGAAUCAUAACCCAAAUGCUCUGAACUCCAUGAGAUUUUGAGAUGACGUUGAUAACGUCUGUGAUGCGUGUGUAACGCUAUAAGUAUUAUUAAAAUGUAUCGUUGUAUGAUGUGUCAAGAACCAUCAUAGAGCAUGUGUAAAGCUUAUACAUAGUAGAAUGUCGCAAGAAAUGCGACCGUUGAUGAAACAAGAAGUUUCUUAUUUUAUGAGUCUUAGGGGAAUUAUGUCGCUAGGAAAGCGACCAUGUAUUGAUAUGGAACAUGAAGUUUAUUAUUGAGUCUUUGAGAAUAAUGUCGCUAGACAUGCGACCCUGGCAAUCAGACCUAGAGAUUGCUUCUUAUGUAUGAGUCUGAGUAGUUGCGGUUAUGUUUCAAUAUGAAUAGUAAUACUUGUUAAUUAGCUGGAAAUUCAUUAGUAAAAUAUUUCAUUGAAUUACAAGCAUUUAAGGCGGGAUUACAUAAUGAGAGAGACUAAAACAUGUUUUUAUGAUUCUAAGUGUAAGAUUUAAGGACAAAUUUGUGCAUGAUAAAUACAUAGUUUUUCAGCGUAGAGAUAACUGUUAUUAGAAUUAUUUUUGAACAUUUAUGAAGAAACUAACAUUUUGCAUUUUACAAUAAAUGUAUCCCGAAUAGUUAUUAGAGGUUUACGGAGUUUUUAACAGUCCUGACUUAAGACGACGACGCUUUGUUACUAAAAUGAAAUAAAAACUAUAAAAGAUUGAAAAACAGAAAACAGGAAAUCAGAUUGGCAUACAAAAGACAAAUUUAUAAACAUUCUAUUUAGAGAUUCUAAGAAGGCACACUUAUGUAACGUUCAUAUAUAGACAAACAAAUCUUUUGUCAAUGUUAAGUGAUUGCUUGUAUCUUCGUUAAACGGAGGGAAUGCUCAACAACAAGACUUCCUGGAGCUACAAUUCAAACCUUCUAUCAAAAGGACCUUCCUGAAGACGGGCAAACUAUUACUCAACAAAUAAGGCUAUAAUAAUGUGAGGCGACAUACGAAGAUAUUUCAUGGCCGUUUGGAGAAACCUGACAAGUUGACGGGUCACCACUCUUACUAAUUCGACUAUAGUAACUGCGGUGUAGAGAUGUCAACCAUGGAACGGGAAUGAAUGAUGUCACUUUUCACGUAAAAACAAGUAUCGUUCCGAUUAUUAAAUAUGAUUCUAGAACAUUGUUUCAUUUUUAGUAUAUACUAAGUUGUAGAUUUUUAUUAUUUCAUUAUAAUAUACAACAGGUUACGGGAUAUUUCAUAUUAAUAUUACUUUUGCGUAUUUAAUCGUAUUUUCUAGAGAUCUGUGACCUUAUAUAUUUCUUUAUAUCAGUAAUUAACAUUUUACGCAGGUCUAAGAAUUAUACGAAGUAUUUCUUAAUGAUAAUAUUCCUUUUGACAGGUAUAUUCAUGACAGUUAUAUUGUGUAUAAACAAUUAUUAUCUUCUAUUUCAGUUACAAUCUUGAAGGCAAAACCCCUGUGGGCAAGGGAGGAAAAAGCAUUGUUAAGUAUUGUGAAAAAUAUUGUGAAAUUAUGUCUCGCUAGUAAUGCAGUGAUUUAUUUAAAUCAAAUGGGGUUUUGACUUCAAAACGCAAGAAAAACAAUCUAGGACUGAAACAAAAAAAAACGAAAAGAAAUUGAAUAUUCUAGGACUGAAUCAAAAAUCUGUGAAAUUGUGAAAAAUUAUAUCUACAAAUACCUUGUGUUUUAUCUUAUUCAUUGAUUGUGUAUAUUAUAUCAUGCAUCGAUCUUAUAUAUUCUUGAUUUUGUGAAUUCAAUAGUGCUCUAUUCUACUUAAAGGCAAUAAUCUUCAGUAUUACGACUAAAAACAUUUAAAAUGAAAUUUACGUAUUAAUUAUAAAAAUCAGCCGGUUUUAUGCAUUGCCUUAUCUUAAAUUGUUAAUUGCCUCACAUGAAUUUUUGUUUUUAUUUUUAUUCUCUUAUAGAUAAAAAAAAUAGAAAACUCACAAGGAAGAGGCGAGUGUUGUAUAAUGACUUUAAGAAUUCAUUAUACUUAUUAGAUAAGCAUUAUGGUCAGUUAUAAGUCACACACUACUUAAAAUAAUUUCAGCACUUGGUCAUAUGAGAAAGUGACAGGUCAUGAUAUCUCGCCCAGGUUAACUACCCUCUGUCCACGUCAUGAUUGUUGUUUUUGUUCAGUUACUAAUUGUUUUGACAAGCUGACUAAAUAGGAAUUAUGACAUGUUUAUUUUCUAAUGGUCAUUUGCGUGUGUGCUCCGAGAAAAACAUUUUAGUCAUCCGAUAGACAGUUUUCCUUAAAUACAGCAUACUUUGAGGCAGAGCUUUAGUAUCAUUCUGGUACUCAGUUAGGUUAGAUGCGUAUGUUCGAUACUAGCAAAAUGAAUUAGUUAGAUAAAGACCGGGGCAAUUAACGUUGAAGUAAUUAUGUCGAAAAAAUGAAGUUCUUUUAAUAACUGUGAAUAUGUUAGAAAAUUAUGUUAGAGAAUUAUGAAGAAAGACAUUGAUGUUUAUAUAUUAUCAAUGUUUAUAUAUUAUCUUAGAACUUAGUACAAUAUUAAAUAGUAGUUAUCAUAGAGAACAGAGUUGUUGUUGUUGUAGUUAGAAUAGUGAACUUUAGACCCUGUUACACCACAAAAUAUGGCCCCGCCCCCGGGGUCCCAAGUUUUACAUAGACAUAGGGAAUUUUUUUUUAAUCUUCUUGUCUGAAAUCACAACAAUUAGACCUUUGAUAUUUGGUUUGUAGCAUUGUCUUAUGGUCCUCAACCAAAAUUGUUCAAAUUCUACCCCUGGGGUGAAAAGAGGGGGUCCUGGGGGUCCCAAGUUUUAUAUAGACGUGUAUAGGAAAAAGCUUUAAAAAUCUUCUUGUCUGAAACCAUACGACCUAGGCUUUUGAUAUUUGGUAUGAUGCAUUGUCCUCUACCAAAAUUGUUCAAAUUAUGCCCCUGGGGUCAAAAGAGGUCCCGUCCUGGGGUCACUUAGUUAUUAUGUGAGUUAUAUUGGAAAAAAUAUUUAGAAAAUCAUCUGAUCCUAUUUCCAAGACUGUUUAAUUAUAAUUACCUGUUGACCCCAAGUAAUAUGAUGUCACUUGACUGUGACCUUGACCUACUGACCUACUUUCUUGUUUUUAAGAUACAGCCUUGAAAUUUUGAUGACAUACACAGUGUUGCACAAAUCGUAAAACUGAAUUUCAUUGACCAUGAAUGUGGCCUACUGACCUUCUUAAUAUUUUAUCAUCAGUUUGACAUUUGAAACAUGAAGCUCAUAUUACUCAGGUGAGCGAUCCAGGGUCAUCAUGACCCUCUUGUUUUUGUAUAUAAACAACAUGAAUUCUUAAACAUUCCGGGAAACAAUGUACAAUUCAUUUAUUCAAUGUCACCUAGAUUAUUCUUUUUCAUCUUGGUAGUGUGUUCUCACACAAAAAAAAAGAUAAACAGAGACUUUUUUAUAAUUAAUGCCCUACUUACAUGAAGGCAAAAUUGUAAAAUGUAGUGACGUUUACAGCAUAUCUAGCCAUAAUGUCAAAUUGUCCUGUUCCUCAUAUUGAUUGUUUCACUACUUCAUCAUUUUAAUACCUGUGCAGUACUGUUAAAUUAUAGAUAUAUUUUAUCUAUUCAACUGUUUACUGAUAACUUGAUAUUUGAUUAGCUAUGAUAUGUCAGCUGAUCUUAGUUAUUAUCGUAAUUUGAGAUUGAUAUAAACUUAAACAUCCAUGAUAAAUUGAUGAAUAUAUAAUGUGUUCUCACUAUAAUGACAUUAUGCACGAAUAAAACUUACUUACU